GACUUCCUGCUCAGCCGCACUGCAGGUAUGGCGGCGUUUAGUAAACACCUGACCGGCAGGAACUGCUCAAUAUCCGCGGCUUUAGUGCUGGUGCUCUACCUGCUGAAGCAGAGAGGACACUAUUCCAAACUAAAUAACAAGGGUAAAGGAUCCGCAGAACCGCACCUGAACAGCGUCAAAGAUGGUAAGAAGGACAAGGCCGCGGUGGACAAAGUCUUCGUCAGCCGAAUUUGCCAAAUCUUGAAAAUCUUGGUGCCGCGGACGUUCUGUAAAGAGUCGGGGUAUCUGCUCCUCAUCGCUGCGAUGCUGGUGGCCAGAACGUACUGUGAUGUGUGGAUGAUCCACAACGGGACGAUGAUCGAGAGUGCAAUCAUUGGACGAUCAACUAAAGCUUUCAAGGCGUACUUAUUCAAGUUUAUAGCUGUCAUGCCGUUUAUAUCGUUAGUGAAUAGUUCUCUGAAGUUGGGUCUGAAUGAGCUGAAACUCUGCUUCAGAGUGAGACUCAGCAAACACCUGUACAGCCACUACCUCAGAGGAUUCACCUUCUAUAAGGUCAGUAAUGUGGACAACAGAAUAGCCAACCCUGACCAGCUGCUGACCCAGGACGUGGAGAGGUUCUGUAACAGCGUGGUGGACCUUUACUCCAACAUCAGCAAGCCUCUGCUGGACAUCAUCAUCUACAUCUUCAAACUGACCACAGCUAUCGGCGCUCUGGGUCCAGUCACUAUGCUGAGCUACCUGCUGCUGUCCGGUCUGUUUCUGACCCGUCUGCGGCGGCCAAUCGGGAAAAUGACUGUAACAGAGCAGAAGUUUGAGGGAGAAUACAGAUACGUCAACUCUCGUCUCAUCACGAACAGUGAGGAGAUCGCGUUCUAUAACGGCAGUAAGAGGGAGAUGAAGACCAUCCUCGACACGUUCCACAAGCUGGUGGAGCACCUGAACCGCUUCAUCUGUUUCCGGUUCUCUACGGGCAUCAUAGACAGCAUCAUCGCCAAAUACAUCGCUCUGGUGGUCGGGUACCUGGUGGUCAGCAGACCCUUCUUAGACCCCUCAAACACACGGCAUCUGAACAGCUCACACUCUGAGAGGCUGGAGGACUAUUAUCAGAGCGGCCGGAUGCUGCUGAGUUUGGCUCAGGCUCUGGGCAGAAUCGUCCUGGCGGGCAGAGAGAUGACCAGGCUGUCAGGAUUCACUGCGCGGAUCACAGAGAUUCAGGAGGUCCUGAAGGAGCUGAACUCGGGCAGAUAUGAGCGCACGAUGGUCUCUCAGCUGGGGAAAGAGUCUGAUGCAGUGAAUAAAAUGAGUCUGGUACCCGGCAGUGGACAAAUAGUUCAUGCAGAUAACAUCAUCAGGUUUGAGCACAUCCCUCUAGCGACCCCUAAUGGAGAUAUCCUUAUUCGCGACUUAUCAUUCGAGGUUUUAUCCGGGACCAACGUUCUAGUGUGCGGACCAAACGGCUGCGGGAAAAGCUCUCUGUUCAGAGUUCUGGGAGAGCUGUGGCCGCUGUUUGGAGGGCGUCUGACCAAACCUGAACGAGGGAAACUCUUCUAUGUUCCACAGAGGCCGUAUAUGACUCUGGGGUCUCUGAGGGAUCAGGUGAUUUACCCCGACACACAGGAAGACCAAAGAAGAAAAGGAACAUCUGAUAAGGUGCUGAAGGAGUACCUGGGUAACGUCCAGCUGGGUCACAUCCUGGAGCGAGAGGGCAGCUGGGACAGCGUGCAGGACUGGAUGGACAUUCUGAGCGGAGGAGAGAAGCAGAGGAUGGCUAUGGCUCGUCUGUUCUACCAUAAGCCUCAGUUUGCGAUCCUGGACGAGUGCACCAGUGCGGUCAGCGUGGAUGUGGAGGAUUACAUCUACAGCCACUGCAGGAAGGUUGGAAUCACUCUGUUCACCGUCUCACACAGAAAGUCUCUGUGGAAACACCACGAGUACUACUUACACAUGGACGGCAGAGGAAACUACCAGUUCAAACAGAUCACCAAGGAGACGGUGGAGUUCGGCUCGUGAGGAGGAGAUUCGGAAGAGGACGAGAGUGAACAGCUCUGUACGGCAGUGAGGACCGGACGAUUUCAGAAUGGACCAUCAUAAAUAUCAAUAUAGCAGUUUUCGGAGGGAGGAGUAUCGCCAGGAUGGUUAUAAUUGAAGUGUUUCAUUCUAAAAUGCGUUACAGACCACUAACGUUUUAUUUUUAUCAUAGAAGUUGUUGGGAGCUUUACACAUACGAGACAUAUCAGCACUGUAUUAUCAUUAUUAUCGCCUUUAUCAGAGAGAUAAGGUGAUGAAGGUCUCCACAGUGAGGGUCAGGAGUUUAUUAGGCGUGAGACGUAAUCAUAUUUAUUACCAGGCAGCGUCGUUAUCAGACUGUCUUGAAGGAAUUAAAGACAAACAGUCCAAAACUCAUAAACUCAUAAACCAGGAUGUGGCAUAAGGAGUCAUAAAGGUUAUGUAACAGUGAGCGUGUUUACAUGAACUCAAUAAUCCGAUCAUUGUCUGAUUUCUGCAGUUAUCUGAUUAAUAAGCGGCCGUGUACACAGCACACUCUGAUUUCUUAGAUCAGAUUGAGGUCAAUAAAUCUGAUAAAGAGUCUGAUCUGAGUCAGUAAUGGGGUUUUCAGAGUAAACUCUCACUCUGAUUUCUUUCGUUUCUCUCAGUCUGAGCGUGUGUGAAAACAGAUUGUCGUCCCGGAAACAGCGAGCAGCGUUUAACACAGCACUUUUGGAGCGAUGCUGAAACCAAACACACGCUCGACCAAAUGAAGGGUUUAAAUAUUCUUCAUCUUCUAGAUGAUUUAUGAUCAUAUUUUCAGCUAAAGUGACUCAAUGUUUAAAAAAGUCGCUCAUGAAGUUUGAGUUUAACGUUACGUUUACGUUGCGUCGUCUCCUGUGAGUUUAUUGGCUGGGUGUAAAGCAGAAAUCUGAUUACUGUCUGACUCAUGUAGACCUGGAGUAUCCCCAUUAUCUGAUUACUCAAGCGUGUAAAGUAGGCCUGGGCGAUGAGGCGAUGUAAUCAGAUAUUGUCGAUGAUAGAAAAGCAACCCGAUAAUCACCGUUUUGGUAAAAGAACAAGAAGAGAAUUAGAGACGAAUAAUUUAAGCAGUUAAACAGGUUAAGAAUAUGUUGGGAAGCUGGAGUUCACGAUAAGAAGCUCAGGUUCACACAGUAAUCAUUUUGAGAGAGAGAGAGAGAGUAGAGUGAUAGAUUGAGAGAGAGACAGAGUGAUAGAGAGAGAGAGACGGG